CCUUAACUUCAUUCAUUCGAUUAUUCCGAUUCAUUUUCAUAUCAUUAUUUUUCAUAAUCUGCUAAUAUAAACUUGUACGAUUCUACAAACUAUAUAGAAAUGUUAAAUGGUUACUAUUUGUAAAAAAAAACAUUUUGUCAAGUGUCAACGUGAAUAUUAACAUCGGGCGUAUUGCCUCGCCAUCAGGUAUUGAUGGAUCCUUGGGGCGGUGAAGUGAAAACUGAAGUUAUCUCAAAAUUUGAGGAUAAUUUUGAACCUGUUCAAGACUCAGUGAAGCUGUCAGAUUCUGCUGAAUAUCUCGCUAUUUUGGAAAGAAAAUUGAAACAAAUCAAAAAGAAAAAUAAGGUUGUGGAGAAUCUUGCAGCUUACAGAGCUGACUGCAUUGACCGUUUGAUGAGAGAAGGCUGUGACUUGGAUCCUGUCAUUGGAGACACAGAAGAAGAGAAGCUACUCCAAGAAUAA